AUGUCUGAAAUUGCCGCAGCUGCAGAGCAACUUCAGCAGCUUUAUAGAAAUUUUUACACUCAAGGUAAACCUGAUGAAGCCACACAUCAGCAAUUGCUUCAAAUCUACAAAAAUCCUUCCAAUAUUGAAAUUAUGAUUCAUCUUGCGAAAAACACUAAUGAUCUUAACGUAAAGAAGCUUGCUUAUACAGGUAUUACUGCUAUGACUAAACAAAAUAAAAAAUAUCCAGAUCCAUACAAUUCUGGCCUUAUUGACCAAUUAUUAAGUUUAAUUCCAAUAGCCCCAGAUGCAAAGUAUCAAUAUACGAUAAUCGAUCGUAUUGGCAACUUUAUUUUAACAAGUUCUUAUGAUGAAGAAGUUCAGAGCGAAAUUUACCUACUGUUAGCACAGAAUUUAACGGAAAUGAUUGGAAAUUCCAAUGCUCUUCCAGGUGUUUUCUACUUAUGGAAAGAUCUCAUCUGUUUCCCAGUUAUUUACGAAAAUUAUGGCAGCUACAUCAUGGAAACUCUUCUUCCGAUUGCAUUUCAUGCUUUUCAAGGUGAGUCAUCUGAUGUACGCAUUUCAUCUCUUGAAUUCGUCAUUACUUCCAUUCAUAAUUUAAUAGAAUUUCUUGAGAUCGAUGGCGAGACUUUAAACAAUAUCUGCACCAUGGUCAUCAAUGUUGCAGACUUUGAGAUCAAGCAGAGUGUCCAAGAAGCCACUUCUUACUUUAAUAACCUUUAUACAUGCAUUGAAGAGUGUUUCGAUGCCCAAGAGCCACUACUUCCACUUGUAUUCAAAGUGUGCGCUUAUAUACAGGACACAGACAUUCCAAUUGAAAUCAGAUGA